GAUACCGGCUUACGGUUGUCGUACGGCUACGAUCUCGCUCGCAUCGGCUCCACGUUCGCGGUGCUAGUUCAUUUAGUGUUCGUUCUCCGUUGCCGCUCCAUCGAGAUUCGCUCUCCGAUCGAGAAUUUCGAUCACGUUUAACUGCGCGUCGAAAGAGAGAGACAGAUAAAUCAAGAGAAGAAACAUGUGCGACGAGGAAGUUGCCGCGCUCGUAGUCGACAAUGGAUCCGGCAUGUGCAAGGCCGGUUUCGCCGGGGAUGACGCACCCCGUGCCGUCUUCCCGUCGAUCGUUGGCAGGCCACGCCAUCAGGGUGUCAUGGUCGGUAUGGGACAGAAGGACUCCUAUGUCGGUGAUGAGGCUCAAUCGAAGAGAGGUAUCUUAACGUUGAAGUAUCCGAUUGAGCACGGUAUUGUUACCAACUGGGACGACAUGGAGAAGAUCUGGCAUCACACGUUCUACAAUGAAUUGCGAGUAGCUCCGGAGGAGCAUCCGGUCCUUCUUACCGAGGCUCCCUUGAAUCCUAAAGCCAAUCGCGAGAAGAUGACUCAAAUCAUGUUCGAGACAUUCAAUACCCCAGCCAUGUACGUUGCGAUCCAAGCCGUAUUGUCGCUGUACGCCUCAGGUCGUACCACUGGUAUUGUACUGGAUUCUGGUGAUGGCGUCUCUCACACUGUACCGAUCUACGAAGGAUACGCCCUGCCGCACGCUAUCCUUCGCUUGGACUUGGCCGGUCGCGACUUGACCGAUUAUCUCAUGAAGAUUCUCACGGAGAGAGGCUACUCUUUUACGACUACGGCCGAGCGAGAAAUUGUCCGCGACAUCAAGGAGAAGCUCUGCUACGUCGCGUUGGACUUUGAACAGGAGAUGGCUACAGCGGCCUCUUCCUCCAGCUUGGAGAAGAGCUACGAACUUCCCGACGGUCAAGUUAUCACUAUCGGUAACGAGCGAUUCCGUUGCCCGGAGGCUCUCUUCCAACCCUCGUUCUUGGGUAUGGAAGCCUGCGGCAUUCACGAGACUACAUACAACUCGAUCAUGAAGUGCGACGUCGACAUUCGUAAAGAUCUGUACGCCAACACCGUUCUGUCCGGUGGUACCACCAUGUAUCCUGGCAUAGCCGACAGAAUGCAGAAGGAGAUCACUGCCUUAGCCCCGUCUACCAUGAAGAUCAAGAUCAUUGCCCCGCCUGAGAGGAAAUACUCCGUAUGGAUCGGUGGAUCGAUUCUCGCAUCGCUUUCUACCUUCCAACAGAUGUGGAUUUCGAAGCAGGAAUACGACGAAUCCGGACCCUCCAUUGUCCACAGGAAGUGCUUCUAAGCGCGCUUUUUCCAUCGCAUAUUAUCAUUCCCCGAUCCCUAAACUUGGAGAAGAGAUAAAGAAGAGAGAGAGAGAGGGAGAGGAAAAGAGAGAGAGAGAGAGAGAGAGAGGGGCUUCUGAUUCGUUUCGCAGGCGGACGUAACAUCAACUUCCGCGACGAUUGCCCAUUGGUUUUUCCGGGGCGAAGGUAGCUUCUUUCAAUUCGGAUGUACGUGUUUAAGAUACGCAUGUUAACGAUUAAACGAGAGGAGAAGAGGAGCUUUCGACAUCUCCUCCCCGCGACGCGUGUUCCUCGGUCUCGGCGGCGAUCCAAAAUAAACCUGCGGUUCGUUCUUGCUCUUGUUUAAACGCGAUCAUUUUUUUCAUCGUUUCUCAUCGAUUCAAUAUAACGAUCUUAAACAUGUGCCCCGAUUCCUAAAUACCUUUUUCUACCUUAUCUUAUAAUCGAGUCCUUUGUAUUAUACAUUUGAAUAACUUGCGUCUACUACACGGUAUUUAGCCAAACAUUCCUCGCGAGACGUCCUUCUCUCAACGCGAGUAGAACGCUUCCUUUUCGUUAAACUCGUCGCUCCAUUGUACGCUUCGAUUGCCAUUUUUCUUCGAGGAUUCGAGCAAAAAGAACGUUCACGCGAAGAUAAACUCCGAGAUUUCUGUUUGCGGGAAAGAUCGUCGAUUGUUCUUCCCGCGGAAGGAGACGAUGGACAUAUGGCAAUCAACGUCGGUCAAUGCAUUCCGAUCAAUGUGCUGUAUUUUUAAGAGGCGCUUGCGUCAAAGCUAAUACACAAAACACGUUGUACGUCAUUCCGCGCGCAGAGAGAUAAGCCUCCGACUUCUUAUCUGUUUAUUAUUAUUAUUUUUUUUAAUUAUUAUUUGUCUAUCGUUGAGAGAAAAAGAUGGCCUUUUCUGUCUUCUUUCUUUCUUUCUUUUUUUUUUUACACGGUGGGGUAAACCGCAGAUCUGGAAAUGUCCUACGAACGUUCGCUCAAAUAAAUGGAAAAAAUGAAAGACACCACCACGGUUUCGACCCCGUAAGCGUAGCCAAAGUAUUAUAAUUUAUUCCCAUUGUAUUGCGCAAGACCAUUCACGUACACAUCCUAAAGACUACUUUAGACUUAUGGGAUUAUAAAAUAAAAGUCUGAAAAAUA